UGUUUCAUACAAAUCAUCGAUCAAAACAUACCAAAGAGUUUAAUACUCGGCAACUCUUCCGACAUAAUCGUCGACAUCGGAGAGGAUGUGCUGCUGGAGUGCGACACAAGUAAUGACACGAAAAGCUUUGAGUGGUAUCGGAAAGAAGAGCAUUGGUUUAACCACGAAUUACCUGAACAACGGAUCUUCUUCGACGAGCAGUACCUGUUGGUGAACGAGAAUAAAGUUUCCACAGUUCUCUACAAAUGCAUUACUCGAGAAUAUUCCGGAUUCUAUUUAAUCAAAUCAUACAAACUAUAUGUCGAUAGACUGCCUAAAAGGCAAAGAGACUGCCUAAAAGGCAAAGAGCCUUACGCCACUGUUUGGGACGCAAAGUGCGAUCGAGUCGUACUGAACCUCACUUAUCCUCAUUCACAGCACGGCUUCAAUCAAAGUACAAAAGUCUGGGGAAAUGUCUUAUGUAAUGACGAAAUCGGAGGUUUCCAGAUAUGGGUCGUCGGUUACGGUAUACUUAAGAGGUUUCUGCCCCGUAAGUGA